AUGCAAGAAGCGUCUUUUUGGCUGCCGGUACUGGUUGAUACCGAAAUUACGAGACAACCUCGCUUGAUGGUCACUAAUCAUGGUGUUGCAGCGUGGCUUGAGACGGCCUGGCCCUGGUGGGAUUUUGGGCAGGCCUGUGGACCUUGUGGUUCCUGUGGACAUUAUCAUUCAUGCUUGCGAACGGUCAAGGGGCUGGUGUUCCUGAACCAGAUGAACGAGGUUAUUCUUCCACCAGGCGGAUGCUUUUCUGGCUUUAGACAAGCCCAGAGUGUAUUAUUGAAAGGCGCCCUCGUGCGCAGCACACAAUCGAACGGCUGCGAGCAAUCCCUUCUACCCUUGGUUACAUUUACUUCGCGAUUCUUUUUUCUCCGUUCCGCCAUAAGCCUGAACUGUCAAGGCCCCAUGAAUGGGAAGAAGAUGAGCACUGGAAGCAUGUCGUGUUGUUCUACUUUCCCUCUUGGCCCCCCUGACACCCCUGCUCGACCCUCUCCACCAGAACAAAAUAGGCAAAUGGAGGCGAACUUGUCGUUGGAGCAGCAUUGA